AUGGCUUGUCAUCCUUUAGUGUUGGGCGCACUCACGGUGUUGUCUUUUGUCGGAGGAGUUGCAUGUGGAUUGAAGAUGGAGCUCAAAGCUCCUGUCAACGCAUUUAUCAUCGGUUUGUUUGGCUUUUUCGUCUUGUUUGAUGCUGUGGCCCUUUACUACAGGAUGUAUGAAGAUGUGAGGAGGAUUGUGACAUACUGUGUGACACGAUACAAAAAAACGAUUUGGGUGUUGAAAUCCGCCGGAUUCAUUGGGGUUUUGAAGGGUUUCGUUCCUUGUCAAGCACCGUGGAAGAAACAAAAAGGCUAA